AUGACACUUAAAGAAUAUCUCAUUGGUACGUGCCUUGGCUGUAAGAAAUGUUUAUAUUGUGGAGAUGAAUUAAGUAUUCAAAAAAAAAUGUACUCAUGUGAUAAAACUAUAAAACCAAGUAAAAAAAAUAGGACAAACAAAGUAAAGGUUGCAUACUCUCAGGUUUUUGCACCUGAAUUAUUUUCCAAACAAUAUGAAUAUAUCAAAGAUAAUGUCACUCGUUUCAACUAUUCUUUGGAUCUCACUACAAAAUUCAACUUCACUCUUUGCUCUUCAUGUCACAGUUAUUUUCAAAGGCAGAGAAAAUUCAUUAUUACUAAGGACACUUCAAAUUUUUUAGAAAAUAAUAAAUCAAAUGAUGAUUGUAUUAUCUUAGAUGAAUCUGAUGAUAAUACUAAGCAUGAAUUUAAAGUGGAUAAAAAAUCUGAAACUGAGCAAAUUACUAUAUCAUUUAAUUUGGUCAUAAAACUUUCUGCUGGCCUAUCAUUACCAUCGAAAUGGUUAGAAAUUGAGACUUCAUCAUUAGAUGAUAUACUUGCAGACAUUCACCAUUAUGUUGGAAAACUAACCAGUGAUGGAGAAAUUAUGCAUUCUGAUUAUUCAGUAUCAUUUAAGCUAGAAAAAUCAGGAGAGGUUAGAGUGCAAUUAGAAGACAUACAAGAUUAUAAAAAGUUCCUCUCAGAUUACAAAAAACUGGUAGAUAAAAAAAAGAACAUGUCAAUUAUAGUUUCUCUUAAAAAGAAAAGGCAAAAGAGAAAGGAAAUCUCAUAUUCUGAAGAAUCCAAAAGUGAGAAUAUCAAGUUGAAUAAAAAAAAAUGUGUAAUACCAAAAUUAAAAAAUUUUUCUACAAUUUUACAACAAGAAGGCCAUAUAAUUUGUGAAUUGAGAGAGAAAUACAAAUGCAAUCAGUAUAAUGCAUCAUGUUUUAUUGGCGAUAAAAGACAUAUAAAACUUACAGCUAUGCACCUGCAAUGCUAG